GAAAAAAGAAUAAAAAAAGAAUUGGAGGAAAGAAGUGAGAAGAAACAGAAAGGGAGACCCCCUCCCCCACCAUGAAAUGAAAUAAUUUUUUUUUUUCCAAUUACAUAACUAGCUAGCUAGCAGCUGCUAUAUGGAACAGCCAAACAUACACCAUCUGAAAUACUGCUGGGCUGCCUUUCAGCUGCUUUUGUUUCUUUCUUGAUCUGAAUUGGUUGAAAGCUUAAGUGGGAUACAUAGUUUUUGUUCUCCUCUAUUCCUCCUGGGAACAAAGCUUCAACACUCUUUGCUUUUUCAGAUCGAUAGCUUUUUUUUCUUUCUUUUUCUCCACUUUUGUCACUCUUUUGUUCAGAUAAUGGAUACUGCUCAGUGGCCACAGGGUAUUGGGGUUGUGGAGAAUGUUGUGGAAACAGCAAGAGUAGCAGAGAAGAAACCCAGGCCAGAAAAGGAAAAAGCAUUGAACUGUCCUCGGUGCAAUUCCACAAACACCAAAUUCUGUUACUACAACAAUUACAGUCUUUCUCAGCCCAGGUACUUUUGUAAGACUUGUCGAAGGUACUGGACCGAAGGGGGUUCCUUGAGGAAUGUUCCCGUGGGGGGCGGUUCACGGAAGAACCGAAGAUCUUCUUCUUCUUCUUCCUUAUUAUCUUCUUCCUCUACUUCUUCUAAGAAGCUUCCAGAUCAUUCCACCCCAUCGCCGUGCUUUCCUCUAAACCCUAAUGCCGGGCAAGACCUCAAUUUGGCAUACCCACCACCCAAUACCUCUAAUCCCGGAAUCUUGCACCAUCUCAACCCGUUUCAUAUCCCCAUACCCGUUUCCGACCCGUCCACCGCCGUGUUCUCUUCCGGGUUGCUGUUCCCAUUGCAUGACGUGAAACCCGCCGCCCUCGACGGGUUUGGGAACGGGUUUGUGAAUCACGUGGAGGAUAGUACUGGGGCGGCUCGAGUCUUUUUCCCCAAUCUCGAGGAUUUGAAAUCCGGGUUUGAGCAGUAUAGAGCCCAAGGAGAAACGACUAACGGGUAUUGGAAUGGGGCCCACGGCGGCAGCGCCGCCGGCAGCGGCGGCGGAUGGUGAAACGGAGCAGUGUAUGCAUGUCUGGAUAAGAAAAAACAGAAAAAGAAAAGGUGGUUUUUGUUUGGCGUUCUAUAUAUAUAUAUAUAUAUAUAUAUAUAUAUAUAUAUAUAUAUUUGUAGCUUGUUGUUAUCUGAAAUGCGUGCUAACAGGUUUAGGAUUAUCUGUGCAUGUUUUCUUUUCAUACAUACAUUGAUCUUAAACCUCGAUCUUGUAAUUUCUUUGUAUGAUAUGUAGUGUGUAUUUCUUAUGUUGUCAUUGACAUAAGUUCUGGAUGGGAUGAUUUCAUUUUUAAUUGGUUGGAAUUUA